AUGACUGAAGGCAGAAGUGGUGAUCAAUUAGAAGGAGGAGGAGGAAACUUGACUGGAUUGGCAACCAACCUGACCAGCAAUCCAGGUGGACAAAUUACAGGAUAUUUGCCUGCAAAUGUAGGUGGAAAUGAUGGAACACAAGACAACUCAGGAAGUUGCCCAGCGGAGCCCGUCCUCCUUUCCCAUUUAAUAAAGGACCAAGAAUCACAAAAAACCAACUGUUGGAACCAGAAUGAACAAAAAGAUCCAGUUCACAUUGAACACAGUCAUGUGAAGUGGUCACAUAACAUCUCUCUGGUGUCAGGAAGAAAGAAGUUGAAACCUAGCAUGCAAUUUCUGAAGAAAAGUGUAAAUCAAAAAUAUAGACUAACAUCAAAAUGA